GAGACUGAAGUGCCUACUAGACGCGAAAGGAGCUUGUUGUGCAUGCUAGCAGGAGUUUAAUUAUCUUUGACGUGCCUAGAUAAACAGCAUUUGGGGUUUUAUCGAUAAUAACAACGUCUUUAGAUAACUUUGUGACCACAAAUGUUGUAACUGUGUGUAAACGUUAAAUCCUGAAGAGUGGCAGACGGUUUAAAGCCAUGGACCAGCCCAAUGAAGUGUGUGACACCAUCAUGCGUGAGCUAAACGAUCUAGUGCUGUCUGAUACUGAUGAAAGUAAAGAGCAGCUGAGUUUUUCCUCUCACGAAGAGGGGUUCGAUGACAUUCCACCAUCACUGCUCAGCUACUUUGAAAUCUCAAAAAGCAGAGCAGCAGUCUGUGAGAGGCUCAUCCUUGAGGACCUUGAAGACUUCACUGUAUCACACCACCCUGAGGAUGUGACGAUCUUGUCCAUUGGACACGAUAAGGACAUGAUGAAACUGAAUGAGCAGGUCAUUUGUGACCCAGAAAAUGAAGAGAACGGCAUUUCCUCUGACACCCACCUUCUUGCAUCUACAGAAACAGAGACACUGUCAGACAGGCUUUGUACUCACAAUAUGUCACUGUGUUCGAACAAUGAAGAUGAGGAGCAUUUGCUGUUUGAAACGAGGACCCUCGACAUCUCACUGAAUGGCGUGGAGAGAAAGACAAUGAGUGAGUACGAGGAAGAGCGAAAGAAACAACAGUAUGAAGAGAUGAAGCUGGAAGAAAACAAGAGACAAAUUGAAAGAGACUUCCAGGAGGAGCUGAGGAAGAUAAUGGAAGCAGAAAAGCUGCAUCAGAAGGAAAUUGAGUUGAUGGAGAAGAGAGCUCAGGAAAAACUUGAACAGGAGUUUCUGCUCCAGCAGGAACUGAUCAGCAACUUACAGAGACGAGUGACGGAAGAGAGGAGGGUGAGGGAAGAGGAGCAGAAUAGAAUAAAGAGGAAAAGAGAAGAGGAGAAAGUGAAGAUGGAGGCAGAGAGGAAAAGAAUGGAGGAAGAGAGAAAGAUGAGGGAAGAAGAAGACAAGAGGAAAAGAGAAGAGGAGAAAGUUAAGAUGGAGGCAGAAAGGAAAAGAAUGGAGGAAGAGAGAAAGAUGAGGGACGAAGAAGACAAGAGGAAAAGAGAAGAGGAGAAAGUUCAGAUGGAGGCAGAGAGGAAAAGAAUGGAAGAAGAGAGAAAGAUGAGGGAAGAAGAAGACAAGAGGAAAAGAGAAGAGGAGAAAAUUAAGAUGGAGGAAGAGAGGAAAAGACAAGAGGAAGAGAGGAGAAUCAGGGAAGAGGAGCAGAGGAGGAUGAAGGAAGAGAUAAAAAUAGAAGAGAUGAAACUUAAAAAAGAGGAAGAGGAAAGAGGGAGGUUGGAGAGAGAGGAAAAAUGGAGAGAAGAGGAGCAAAUCAAGAUUGAUUGGGAAAGGAGGAAGCUGGAGAAUGAGGUCAGAAUGAUGCAGGAGGAACAAAAUAAAGAAAUGGGAGAAGACAUAGAGAGGAAAAAGGAGGAAGAGGAGGAAAGGAAAAGAGAAGAGGAGGAAGGAAGUAAGAUAGAAGAGGCAACGAAGGAAAUGGAAAAGAUGGAGACAGAGAGAAAAAUGAUGAUAGAAAUAAGACUGAAGAAGGAGGACAAGGGCAGAAAGAGGAAAGAGAGAAAAGACAAAGAGGGGAGAGUAACUAAAGAGACUGAGGAGUGGAAGGAACAGGUCGGGGUGACAGAAAAGGAAAAGGAAGCUAAUGAUAGAAAAAAGAUGGCUCAGGAAAAGAUGGAUGAAGAAAUGAGGAAUGGGGAUGAAAAUGGAAAUGUAGAUGAAGAAAUAAUACUUGAAAGGAAAAAGUCAGACAAAAUGUAUAGAAAAAGGUUAGAGGAGGAGAAAGACAGAAAAAACAUGGAGGAGGAAAAGGAUCCAAAGGAAGUGGUUAGAAACCAGGAAGGGGAAAAUAGAAAAAUUAAAGAAGAACAAAGACCCAUUGUAGAGGAUGAGAAGAAGAAUACAGAUGUAAGGAAAAUAGAAGAGGAAGAAGGGGUAAGGAGGCAGACGGAAAAGAUGAGGAGACUGAGGGUUGAAGACAAUUACAAAAAAUCAGAGGAAGACAUGAGGCUCAGGGAAGAAAAUAAUUUGGACAACAGGAAGAUGGAACAUGAGCGCAAAACAAAAGAUGAACAGAAUAAGCGGGAAGAGGUUGACAAAACAAUGGGAGAAGAAAUGAGAAUCAAAGAAAAGGAGAUAAGCAAAAACAGAAUGAUGCAGGUUUGGGGAAAGGAGGUAAAUGUGGUAAAAGCACAUGAGCUGCAAGAGAAAAGAGAAGAACGCAGCAUGAAAGGUCGCAAUGAGAAAAAACAUACAGAUAAAAGAGAAAACUCCUCACCACGAGAAGACAGCACCUCCUGGUCCUCCUCAAGCCUCAAGUCCUUACUUUGCCCUGAUGGUACUAAGGCCAUACCACAACAACAAGACCUAUACAAGAAGAUCAGUCAGACCUCUGCAAGGCCUUCCACUGGGUCUGUUUCUCUACCUGUGUGCCUCCCCGAGCACACAGAGCAGAGGAGGCUGUCAUGGAUGAAGGACUGCAUCCCCUGGUCUAAACUCUCCCUCCAGAACAGGAGGAAGCAGAAAGGAUCCUUCCGUAGUCGGAGAGGGCUGAGGAGGGCAGCUGAGUCUGCCGGCAGUCUGCCGCCUCUGUGCCCAGAGUCUCUGCUUCAGUCCACAGGCUGGAAAUCUCUGCAAGAGGUGACCACAGUGACCAUGGAGGACUUGCCUGGCUGUAGCUUAUCCACUCUCGCCCAGUGCACUCAGCUUCGGUCCCUCAGCCUCAGACGCUGCAGCCUCAAAUCCCUAGAAGGCAUCAACCACCUACCACAACUCUGCUACAUCGAUGUACAGGAAAAUGACAUCUCUUUUAUCAACUGUGAAAACAUGAUCUGUUUACGAGUUCUUAAGCUCGGACACAACAAGCUGACGUCCAUCCACGGUUUAGCUGGUGCUGAAAACUUGGACGUUCUGCACCUCUCACACAACUCCAUCACCCGCAUUGCUGGUCUGGAGUCUGUGAGGAGACUGCAGAGGUUGUCAGUGGAUCACAACCAGCUCAUCAGCACCAAAGGGCUGAGGGAUGUUUACACUCUGCUCCACCUGGACUGCUCACACAAUCACCUGCCAAGUGUGGAGGGGCUGGAGAACAGUGCUCUGCUCAACACACUGGACCUGAGAGCCAACAGCCUUACUGAGCCCCCCAGUCUGAACAACCAGGUCCUCCUCAGAGAGCUGCAUCUUGACGACAACAGCAUCUCCUCCCUGCAGAGCCUCACUGCCUGCUGGCUUCCCCUCCUGCAACAUCUCUCUGUGGCCCAAAACAGAAUUACCCAGCUGCCCUCUGUAUCUGAUUUGGUGUCCCUUGAAAAUCUGGAUCUUCGAUUCAACUGCAUAUCAGAGCUCCAGACUGUGUGUGAGAGUCUUGAAGGAUGUCACCUCCUACAAAAGGUCCACCUGACAGGGAAUCCACUUCAGCAAGAGAGUGGCUGGAGAUCCACUCUACAGAAAGCAGUGCCUGGCCUGCAGGUCAUUGAUGACCAGUGGACAGAUUCAUCUCUAUCGCCACCUACUGCUCAACAAGUCACCUUGGCCUCAGGCAGCUUCCUAGCAUUCUGCCAGGCUCAGCUUCAGCAGACUCGUGAUUUACUGCAGCAGCACAGCAGGGAGUUGAGUAAAGCCUCAUCUUCCCUGGAUGCUGUAAAUGUCUCCUGCCAACACUUCACUGAGGCUCUGCAGCUGGCUGUGGACCAGAGAUUUGCCCAUGAAUAUGGUGAUGCCAAUGUUGCUGACAAACACAGGGCAGCAGGCCAAACAAUACCUGAGGAAACAGUUGACAUGGGCAGUGCCAAUGCUGACAAGCAUUCUGAAUGCCCAGAAAUUGAGUCCACUGAAAAAGUUCCACCUGUUACACUAAUCAGCGAUAAUAUUGGAUUUUCGACUUUGGAUGAGAAGUUAGCUGCAGAGAGUCGGCAUGACACAUUUGACACUGGCACAACACAUCCACAGACAUGGCCAGCAGUAAGCAAAGUGAACUCUGGCAGUGUAAACACGUUGGUGACAAAGAGGAAAACAAGUUCCACCAAUCUCAAAAUGGCACCUGUGUUCAACUGUCAAGACCUGGACCGCCAAAUUGCAGCAGCAGUCGUGAUUCAGCAGCUGUGGAGAAAAUACAGACAGAAAUGUGGGAACAUCAGCAGCCCCUCCACAGCUGAGAAGAGGGGAGGAAGGGGAGGAGAUGGAGUGAAGCCAGGGCCAGGACCCUCCUAUAUCAACGGGAGCGUUGUUGGCCAAGAUCAUGCAGCAACUGUCAUCCAGGCGUUCUGGAGGGGCUUCACUCUGAGAAGGAGGCUCGCAUCUGCUCUGGCUGCUGUCACAUGCUCAGACAGCGGAGAGGACGACACCUUUGAGGAGGUAGACGUGGAUGAAUUUGUCUUUGAUGAGGCAGCGCUGGAAAAACACUGGACAUUGCCACUUUGUGAGGACUCACCUCUCAGAUGUUACCCAGUGUCAGAGCAGCCCCUAUCCCUGAAGCCUACGCGGCCCUUUUCUGAACCUUCCCAGUACAUAUCAACGGUUGAAAGAAAGUCAAAGCAGGCCUGGGUGGCUCCAGAGCAGGUGGACUCUGAAAGGCAGCGAGUUUCACCAUUGAGCUCCAACAGAAGCAAAUCUCCUGCCUCAACCUCAGAGGUCAGUGGUCUCUCGAAAAGAUCAGAAAAGAUACUCGAAGAAUGGGGCUUCACUAACCACCACACAGCCCUUUUAAUGCUCAAGAGAGCCCAGAAUAUGAAGUCAAAGAAGCACCAGCAGAAGAGACGUCGAGAACCCUCUGUCCGCCUUGCCUUGUUCAGAAACUGCGGUUUCCAGUCGCAUCCAGUGGAGGCACGGAACAGGAAGGCACGACACAGCAGCAGUGAUAUAAAAGGACUGGUGUUCUCGAGCAAUGGAGUGAAGCAGCUACAUCAGCUGAUGAAGUAACAAGGGUCACUAGUUAGGAUCACCCUUCCCUCUCUUCUUAAUACCCCGUGUCCUCAGCUGGUUUUCUGAUCAGACUGAGAGGGAUCCUGUAAAAUGAGUAACCCUAACCAGCUCCGUUCUGGAGGAGACGACUCCUGCUGCCUUUUUACAGGGCAAGUGUGUGACAGUGGCGACAGCGGCGUCAGAGGUGGCGUGUCAAGGACUGGCUCAUGGUUUCUGUGAUCCCAAGACUCUGUAAAUGGGCCAAAGCCAGCCUCCCCUAUUGUGCCCCUGGUCCUGACCUGUGGAAGGCACCCCCUCCUCCAGAUCCAUCCCCAGUGCCCGGGGCCUAGCCAGCCUAGCCCAGCCCAGCCAGUGCUCCCCGACAGGGGCUAACGUUUCAGGCUUUGAGUCAAGCCCCUUCUGGAGGUGAUUAGCCCCAAACCCAUGACAGAUUCUUUCCAAGAUAUCCGACGCGCCGUGUUUAUUUUAUCCGGGCUCUCUGUGUGGAUGUGCUGGACAUGAGUAACCCACUUGAAAUGGGUAUCGGCUUACAUACCCAGAGAGGAAGAUAGAGAGGGAGAGAAUGUAGCAGAGCCACAAGACAUUUUCUUUUAAAGGCAAAAAAUUUAGAAAUACAUAUUUUUUCAGCAAGUGUCUGUGUGCUGCAGAUGUUGAAGAUGUUGUACGCCUCCAAGCGUUUCUCCUUGUUUCUCCUCUUUCUUUCCACCAACGCCUUCCAUUCAACCCCCCCCUCUGGGCACACACACUCUUCCAACCUCCGUCUUCCAUCCAAACUGAGAUCCAGCCCCACCAAACAUCCGUCCUCAUGUCAGAGGGACACAAGGGUAUAUAUUUUUAUUCCAGCCUGGAACCCCUACCUCCCGAGCACUUAACUUGAUUUCACACUUCAAGUCAUCUACAAAGUCCAACUGAAACACAAUCAUCUUGUUUAUCAUCCAUCAUCCAAACUAACUUAAUGUCAGGCUAUUUACCACCAUUCAUAUGCAUUCAAUUUCUCCCCUGUACUCUCAGAGCUUCUAUUUAUGUCAGGCACUGAAACUCUCUUUUCAUAGUGUACAGUAUGUUUGAGAUGCACUGGCACUCACAGACAUCCGACUGAAAACUCUGAGUCAGGCUCCUCAAAUUUCAGAUAUGCUCUGAUCUUCUUCCACUCUGCAAAUGUCACGAAAAUAAGAUUCUCAGAAUGGUUUCCGUGGUACUAUACAGAACAAGGUAAGAGUUAGUUUUAGCUCAGCUUUUCUUAGGCCUUAUGAGGUAAGUUUUAUGUUUGCAGAGAUAGGGAUGCAAUGAAGCAAUAUUUACAUUACUGAUUAAUUUGUCUCGAUGAUAAAUCAAUUAAUCGAUUAGUCUAUAAAAUGUCAAAAAACGGUUGCUUAACACUGUUUCCUAGAGCCCAAACUGAUACCAGCAGACAAAAACCCAAAUACUCAUUCAUUAAUUAACUACAGAAUGCAGCAAAUGUUUGACACUUUUGAUUGAAAAAUUACUAGUUUUCAAUAUCUGGCAGUUUCUUUUUAUUUCGAUCAACUAAUCAUUAAUCAACACCGUUAUAGCUUUUGUCAGAGAAAGUCUACAGUUUCACGUUCUUUCUGCUGGUCUAAUGCCUUCUGUCUUCUUAAGCUUCUAGCAAGCCAAAAUGCUGUAUUGAUUAGCGACAAAGGUUCUUUAAGUAGGUCCCAUGAAUCACAGAUAAUUUCUGGUCAUAUUUUGGCUGUUAUGUUUUCAUAGUGUAAACAAACCAAAAGCUGAGCCAAACCACAAGAACAUGACAAUUUAAUGCAUCAAAUGAAGAUUGUGUCAGACCAUUGUAGUGUAUAAAUCCAGCAUUCACACCUGUUUUUUUUUUUUUUUUUUUUUUUUACAAUAAAGUGUCAGGCGUGCAGUGCUGAGAAGUAGAUGGUAUCCUUCUCUAUCAAGCUCCCUGUUUUCAUUCUUCACCCAACCAUUUUUUCUUUGUUUUUGUAAAAAUGAAUACAACACUGAGUGUUUUUCAUGAGAUGUUGUUCAAUCCAGUGCAGAAGUGUGCACGGUUAUCUCCAUUUGUCUGAUGGCAGGCUUUCUGCCUCCUCUGCGAAUUUGGAAAAUGCUUUUGCCUCUAGAUGUGGUUAGAGGACAUGUCACACUAGUAUGUUGCAAUUUCAUUGAGACCUUAAAAUGUGUCUGUUGUAAAUAUCUCUUGCAUGCUGACUUAGUAGUUCAUGUUACCUGCUUAUUAAUUGCCAUGCUCACUGCAGUUUUUUUUGCAAAUGUAGAAAAAAUAUUACAGCAUCACAAGUAGUUUAGAGUCGGAUUGUUUGACUAAUUGUGUUUAUUGCCCUGUCCUUUAUAUCAUAUCGCUCCAUAUAUCAGCAACUACUUUCUGAGGACAGAAUUCUCCUUUAAGGUGACUAGAAUUGUUUUUACAGUUAAAUUAA